AUGAUUGGGGUCGGCUCUGCACUGGCCAUUUUGGAGUCCUGCCCCGAUGCAGAGCUCGCCCCCGCACUGCUGCAACGCCCGGAGCUCACUGCCAGGCUCCGCAAGUUGGUGGGCACCGCAUUGCCCACUCAGCCAGCGCAGGCGCCAAGCACCGCACCGCCAAUGAUGGCUGUGCCUGCCUUUGGGGGCGGCACCGUCUAUGUGCAUACCGUCCCGCAGUGGUCGGUGCCACCCGCACCGCAACCGGAGCCGGAGGGACCUCCAGCACCGCACCUUUGGGAAGCCCCGGCACCGCCAGCUCAGCGCAGAGACCCUUGGGAUAGCUACGCACCGCACCGCCCGGACCCCUGGGAGGAGCACUGGUCACGGCCAACGCAAGCUGAUGAUUGGGAGAGAGUGCCACCGCGACGCAAAGGCAGAGGCAAGGCAAACUAUGCAGACUACGAUGCAUGGCGCGCAGCACAGCAAGGAGCCGACGCCUGGGAUGCGGGCUCAUCCUGGGAGAAAGGCGGCAAGCCCUCCCCCGCACCGCGACCUGCACCGCAGCCCGCACCGCAGCCGGCACCGCAGCCUGCACCGCAACCCGCACCGCAGGCACAGGACUGCGCAGUCAUGCAGGUGAGCUCGCAAUGCAACAGCAUUGUAAAGUGGUCGGUUCGCAACCGCCCACUUUACAAAAACAGCAGAGGCAACUUGGCGUGCGCAUGGGCCUGCACGCGCACGCACUGCAGGCACGGCAGGCCACCAUGCGGUUUCACCGUCAGGGACCCCCUGACGGACAACCAUGCAGCGCACGCAUGCUCGCUACGCAAGAAAGAUGACGGCGACUAG